AUGAGCUUACGCGCCUUGACCUUGAGGGCGUCUUCCCGGCCUUUGGCGUCUCUGGGCAUUCGUCAAGCCCCAAUUGGUGCCCGUUACAUGUCCACUCCAGCUCCUCAGGAUCCUAAGGAAAAGGCCUCUUCCAUUUUGAGUGCCCUUCCAGGUAACAGUGCAUUGUCCAAAACCGGUAUUUUGGCCACUUCCACCGCUGCUGCCAUCUACGCCAUCUCUAACGAACUUUACGUGAUCAACGACGAAACUAUUCUAUUGGGUACUUUCACAGGUUUUGUCGCUAUCGCCAUCAAGUUCUUGGCCCCAGCUUACAAGGACUUCGCUGACGCUAGAAUGAAACAGGUGUCUGACGUUUUGAACGCGUCCAGAACCAAGCAUGUGGAUGCUGUCAAACAAAGAAUCGACUCCGUUUCCGAAUUGAAGAACGUGUCCGAAACCACCAAGGUUUUGUUCGACGUGUCCAAGGAGACCGUCGAGUUGGAGGCCAAGGCUUUCGAAUUGAAACAGCAGGCCGAUCUAGCUGCCGAAGCCAAGUCUGUUUUGGACUCGUGGGUCAGAUACGAGGCAUCGGUUCGUCAACAACAGCAACAGCAGCUUGCCGAGUCUGUUAUCAGCAAGGUGACAGCCGAGCUAUCCAACCCAAAGUUCCAGGACAGAGUUUUGCAGCAAUCCGUUGCUGACGUCGAGAAGUUGUUCGCCAGUUUGAAGUAA